UGUUCAAAUGAUUUAAUUCAAAGUUCAUUUAGCAAAUGUGUAUCGCUUAUAAAUCAGUUCAUUCUCGUGUCCUAAGCUUAUUUGCUGGGUCUUUUGUUCCCGGAGAUUGUUGACUGGUUGCAUUAAUGUGUUUUUUUAUGUAAUAAGGAUGGCUAACGGAUGUGCAGUAAAUGCUCGAGCAGUUCUUCAGCAGUGUUUACAUGCUAAACUACAGGUGAAACCCGCCGAUGAGGAAAGUGAAGCUCGGUUUGUUGAGAUUAACCGUGGAAUGGUCAUCUACAUUUGCUUCUUCAAAGGUGCAACCGAAGAUAUGAUUCCCAAAAUGGUGAACAGCCUCCUAAACAUGAAGCUAAGUGAAACAGAAUCUGGAAAAUAUACUUCAGUUCUUGAUCUGCCUGGUAGUGUCCUCAUUGUACCUCAAGCAACCCUAGGAGGGAAGGCUAAGGGUAAAGUCAUGCAGUAUCAUGGUAACAUCAGAAAAGAGGAUGGGCAGAAACUCUAUGCCAGCUUUGUUGAUAACUGUCAGAAGGAGGUGUGUUCAUCAAGUAAAUGCUGUGAGGCUGGGACAGAAGUUAAAUAUGGAACCUACGGCAACAGACAGGUCCUGAAGCUGGACACGAAUGGACCUUAUACACAUUUAUUGGAGUUUUAAGAGUUUGAUGUGUGUAUUAGAUAGACAAAUAAAAAGGACCAUUUAUUUAAUUAAAUAUUUUGAAAUAAAAACAUACUUUUGUUUA